UCCGGGAUGCACACAUACCUUCUUGAGAGGCAAUCCGUGUAACUUAAUUUAAUAAAAUGUUGCAGCUUUCCACGGUUGAAUACAGAUCUCCUGGUUAUUUUUGUAACGCGUGAAACAUUUGAUUCCUUGCAAAGUUUGUUUAUUAUGGGUGACAAACGGCAGAGAGCAAGAGUGCAAGGCUCUUGGGCCAAACCUCUUCCCAAACCAGUAUCUUCAACAGCACAUCUUCAGCAAACAUCUGGGACAUGGAAAGCUGGACCAGUAACAUAUGAGUUCACGCCGCCUUCUAAUCCUGUCAGAGUGAUACCUGUUGAGAAGGUGAUAGAAGAAGCUGGGGUUUACGAGAUUAGCCAGGGUCCCACCGGAGUAUCCAGACUGCGGCUCCUUCCUGGGUUUUUGCCACUGAACCAGGCAGACUGGAUGUUCUCUAAACUGUUGGCAGAGCUUCCAUGGUCACAGAAGACCAAUUAUGGCAUGAUGGUGUUUCCUGGUUCAGGUGAAGCAUAUGAGGAACCGAGGCUCACCUGCUGGUAUGGAGUACUUCCUUACACAUAUUCUGGCUCCAUGAUGCAAGCCAACCCUCAGUGGCAUCCUAUCCUCCUGAAUCUGCGUCAGACUAUAGAGCAAGAGAUUUCUCAGACCUUUAACUCUUUGCUAUGUAAUCUAUACCGUAAUGGGAAGGACAGUAUUGCUUGGCAUAGUGAUAAUGAGGCAUCUUUAGGUCCUCACCCCACCAUAGUCUCUCUCAGUUUUGGAGACACGAGAGUCUUCAGCCUCCGGAAGAAGCCUCCUUCAGAGGAAAAUGGAGAUUACACAUAUACAGAGAGGUUGAAGAUACCAUUGAGUCAUGGAACACUCUUGAUAAUGGAGGGAUGCACUCAAGAUGACUGGCAGCAUCAGGUGGCGAAAGAGUACCAUGACCGUGGGCCAAGGAUAAACCUGACCUUCCGUAAAAUCUACCCUGAACCAGUAGACUCCUCGAGAAGAUGAAUGAUGACUGUAAUGAAGAGAUUCAAGAAGUGCUACAAGACUUGGACAAUUGCAGGAAAUUUAUAGGAGGUGGAGGGGAUGUAAUUAAAAUGCAGUACAUACUACUUUAUACUGAUAUCUGAUUUCCUUGCUUUAAACCAAAUGGAAGUGGAAUAUGUAAGGUUUUAAGUUGAUAUGCUUGCCUUGAAACAAAGUAAAAUGCUAUUUAAGUAUGAAGUGUACUUAUUAGUUUUGGCAGUUUUUUGUUGGCUUUAAACAAAUAUAAAUAUCUCUGAAAUGUGAUUUGUUUUCUGACAAGGUUUUUUGUUGAACAUACAGUUGAAUAAAACAAGGCAUAAUAAUGUCA